AAAAAUGGCGAGCUCUACUGGGAAAGUUUCAAGUGUUUUCAGACCAGGUUUAUUUAAAGGAAAAGUGGCCAUAGUGACAGGAGGAAGCACUGGCAUCGGAUUAGCUAUAACCCAUGAACUCUUAUAUUUGGGAUGCAAAGUAAUGAUUGCAUCACGUAAUGCACAAAGACUUGCUUCUGCUUCUGAUGCCAUUAAGAAACAGAUCCCUAGUGACAGUUCAGCAGAAAUAAGCAAUAUCCCAUGCAACAUUCGGAAAGAAGAUCAGGUUCAGAAAAUGAUUUCAGAAACAUUGUCAAAGUUUGGUAAAAUUGAUUUCCUUGUAAACAAUGGAGGGGGUCAGUUUCCAGGACCUGCCUCCUCUUUUAGUCUUAAGGGCUGGAAUGCUGUCAUAGAGACAAACCUCACUGGAACAUUUUUAUGCUGCAGAGAAGUAUAUAACCAGUGGAUGUGCAAGCAUGGUGGUGUUAUCAUCAAUAUAAUUGCUGAUAUGUGGACGGGUUUCCCUGGAAUGAGUCACACAGGGGCAGCACGGUCAGCAGUAGACAAUCUGACCAAAUCUUUGUCCUUGGAGUGGGCGGCCUCCGGGGUCAGGGUCAAUGCUGUAGCUCCUGGAAGCUCCAUAUACUCGGAAACAGCAGCUGCAAAUUAUGGAGACAAAAAUAUAUUUAACCAUGCCAUCCCAUAUAUUCCUGCUAAACGAUUAGGCACUACUGCUGAGAUAUCAGCAGCUGUAUGCUUCCUCCUCUCACCUGCAGCUGCUUUUAUAUCAGGAGAAUCUCUCAAAGUAGAUGGCGCUGCCAGUUUGUACGGCAAUGCCUGGCAGAUCCCAGAUCAUAAAAAUUUACCAGCUUAUGAUUGGGAAACAGAUGAUUCAGAGAAUCCCCAAACCAAAGCAAAGUUGUAGUAAAAGUGAGAAGAGAUAAUAUACAGAGAGUAACUUACUAUUAAUUGUGAAAUUAAUUUAGUUGGAGCUGUGAUUUAUCUGUGAUAUAAUUGUUAAUGUACACUAGACAUGUAUACAAAAGGAGUAAGUGUACAUACACAUAAUCACAAGAUGUAAUUUUAGAAUAUACUGGUGUUCCAAUCAUCGAUUAUAAUCAAAGACCAGUCGAUUGUUGGCAUAAUCCAAGCACUCAAUUACAAAAUAUUUAUUCUGAUUAAUCAGUUAAUUUUUUUUUUACAAGCAUAAUAGUUUUUAAGCCAAAUAUCCCAGCCGUGACUUAUCUAUUAACUUAUUUGUGUAUCAUGAUGCCGCAGAUGAACAGACAAUUGUAUCCGUACCCAGGUAACAAAGUACUUUCCCGGUAAGGACGUACUUUGGGUUCUACAAAAUGAAUGAAGGACCAGCUGGACCACCACAGAAAGUAGUCAUUUACCCGUUCUUACCACUUAAUUAAGUCAAUUUGAUAGACUUUGUAAAUAUCCGAUUAUAAUCAAUAAUUAGUUAGUUACAGUAACCUGAUCAUCGAUUAUGAAAUUCUUCCUGAUUCCCAUCACUAUUAGAAUAUACUGUAUGUAUUACUCUUCAUGUUAUUCUUGUGAUUAUUAUGUUGAUUGCAAUGAUACUCAAGAUGUAAUAGUAAUAAA